AGAACUAUUCAGUGUGUGAAAACAACAAUUUUUAAUAGAAAGCCUACAUUACAAACUGAAAAGACACAAGACAAAGGCAUUUAUCAGGCUGGAAGGGUUUAAAGAAAAAUGGCUACUAGUUGCAUGAUGGGAUACGUAUGAUAGUGUUUCUUGAGCUUGACUAGGGACUAAAAGAUAGAAUAUCUAUAUAACUUUAUAGAACUCUAAUACUUAAUUGUUUUAAGUAAAAAUACGUGUCCUGCCCUCUCUCCACUUCCUCUAUCUGAUAAAGGGAAGAAGUACAACAGUAUUUUCACCAAAAUCAUAAUGAAACUAAAAGUGCUUUAAUAACAGAACACAACAUAAAGAAAACAGUAAUAAGAGUUAAGAUAGAAAAAGCCUUCCUAUAUGAAUAAACCAUCUAAUAAUCCACAUUUGAGUAAAUGUACCAUAAUUGACGUGGUGUGUGUGUGUAUGUGGCAGAUAAUGACGUUCUCCACCACUUUCUAUUGCACAAAACAUCGCUCUUGUUGCAAUCACAACUGCCCUGCUGUCUGUUUCCACGUGGUUCCAGGCGUUUCUUUACUCCUCCCACUUCUGCCCCUCAUCCGCCAUCUUAUUGGCUGAGCCUCCUGUCACUCAAAGCCUAAAGCGGGAGCGGCCCCGCCCCCCUUCGCUGCUUGACAGCCCGUUGUUGACGUCACCGGUUCCGUCCCAACACGGAAAUAUGGAAUAGUGACAAGAACGGUUUGCAUUGCUGUUGUUAUGGAUUUAAAGCGGCAACGGUAGUUUAACGUUUACCGCGUUUGUCCGCCGCUCCUCGGGCUUUAACGACGUCAAACGGCCGGUGUUAACCGUCUGACAGAUGGACGGCCGCGCUGGAAAUGGACAGAGAGUUCGACCUCUGUUGUUAGUUCAAUAGCUUCAGUCCUCCGUUUGUUCACAGCCAUGAAACAAAGUGUUUUGGGGGUCAUGGGGGCUCUGGGUCGGCUGCUGCUGUCUCUUCUCCUGCUGUCCUGGGAGGGCAAACUAUUUCAGGUUGGAGGAGUCAGAUCAGUCACUCUCCCAGAAUCCCUCCUGUUCGUCUCGACGCUGGACGGCAGUCUGCAUGCUGUCUCUAAACAGUCAGGAGACAUCAAAUGGACCCUACGAGAAGACCCCAUUAUUCAAGUACCUGUCUACCUCACAGAGCCAGGUUUUCUUCCAGACCCCAACGAUGGCAGUUUGUAUGUACUUGGUGGAAAGCACAAGGAAGGCCUGAUGAAACUGCCCUUCACCAUCCCAGAGCUGGUCCAGUCAGCUCCCUGCAGGAGCUCUGAUGGUAUCCUCUAUACAGGUAAAAAGCAGGAUGUGUGGUUUGUGGUGGAUCCUGAGACAGGCGAGAAGCAAACCAGUUUAACCACCUCGUCUUCUGAAUCCAUCUGCCCCAACACUCCUCUACUCUACAUAGGACGCACAGAAUACAUGGUUACCAUGUUUGACACCAAGACACAGGAGCUACGAUGGAACGCUACGUACAAUGACUACUCUGCUCCACCUUAUGAUGAGAAACAAGACUACAAGAUGGCCCAUCUUGUGUCGAGUGGGGAUGGUCUUGUUGUGACAGUUGACAGAGAGUCAGGUGACGUUCUGUGGAGUCAGAACUACGGGUCGCCCGUCGUGGGGGUCUAUCUGUACUCUGGGGACUCACUUAGACACGCCCCCCACCUGUCCCUCGCUAUGGAAACGCUACAAUUCCUCACCUUCUCCUCUGCCAACGACCAGGCAGACACACACUCCACUUUGAAGUGGAGCUAUCAGUUUGUGAAGGAGCAAGCCAGCGCACAAACACAACUUGUACCGACUCUCUACGUAGGAAAACUGGACUCCCACCUCUAUGCCUCCACCUCCCUUGUUCACCAGGGAGUCUCGUUAGUGCCUCGGGGGCUCACCCUGGCACGGAUCGAGGGACCACUGACGACUGGAGUGACGGAAAGAGAAAGAGGUGAAUGUGAGAUCACGCCUUCCACUGAUGUGCGCUAUCCACCAGGAAGCACGAACAGCCGGAAAAACCACUGGCUGCUGAUAGGUCAUCAUGAGCUCCCUCCAGUGGCCCACACCACCAUGCUGAGGGAUUUUCCAGUCACCCUGCAGCGUUCUGGUGAGGCGGUCAUCCCUCCUCGACCGCCCGGCUCCUCUGCUUCCCCAGUCUCCUCGGCCUCCUACUACCACCAGCGCUAUUUUCAAACAGAUGCUGGUAGCCAUAGAGACAGUGAUGCUAAUAGAGGAGGUGCGGAUGGGAGGACAUCAGGACAGGCCCAGAGGCCGGCUGCUGUGCUGCCUGUUUAUUUGACUCAGGACCGUCUGACUCUGGCUGUUCUGACCCUGCUGCUGGGAGGAUGGCUGGCCUUCGCACUCACCUACCCCGCUCGCGCAGCCCAGCAGCUGAAAACUCAACAGCAGCUGGAAGAGGCUUUUGAAUCUCGUCUCCAGCGCAUUCAGACCAACAUGCAGGCACCUGUCUCUUCAGAAGUAACCCUUUCUACCGACACAAACCUCUCAAGUGACUCCCAGCCUGCACCUGCUGACCCUCCACCGAGUCCUCACACUCACAACAGUAGCACCUCAGAUGUCGAUAAAAAUGGCACCAGUGGGCAAAAAUCUGCAGCAGAAGGAAACAGUGAGGAGGUGCAGGUGGGUAAAAUCUCCUUCACUCCAUCUGACGUCCUUGGACACGGCACAGCAGGAACUUUUGUCUUCAGGGGUCAGUUCGAUGGACGUCACGUAGCGGUGAAGCGAAUCCUGCCAGAGUGUUUUGAAGUUGCCGAGCGGGAAGUGCAGCUCCUCCGAGAGUCUGACACACACCCCAAUGUCAUCAGAUACUUCUGCACGGAGAGAGACCGCCUCUUCACGUACAUCGCCAUCGAGCUGUGCGCCGCAACCCUGCAACAGUAUGUGGAGGAUCCAUCUUGCUUUCCUAAACUGAAUCCUAUAACGCUGUUGGAACAGACUAUGUGUGGCCUCUCACACCUCCAUUCACUCAACAUAGUCCAUCGUGACCUGAAGCCUAGAAACAUCCUCCUCUCUGGUCCCAGUGCGUUGGGUCGGGUCCGAGCUCUCAUUUCUGACUUUGGGCUCUGUAAAAAGAUCCCAGAUGGUCGGUGCAGCUUCUCUUUGCGGUCCGGCAUACCGGGAACUGAAGGUUGGAUAGCUCCCGAAGUGCUGCGAGAUACUCCGGGCAACAAACCGACAGCAGCAGUGGACGUGUUCUCAGCAGGCUGUGUGUUCUACUACGUGGUCAGCAGAGGGCAGCACCCUUUUGGCGAUGCACUGAGACGUCAGGUCAACAUCCUGUCAGGAGAAUAUUCACUUGCACAUUUUAUGGAGGAUAUACACGAUGACGUCAUAGCGCAGGAUCUGAUUGAGAAGAUGAUCAGUGCUGAGGAAGAGUCACGUCCCUCCACCGCCUGUGUGCUCAAACAUCCGUUCUUCUGGAGCCCUGAGAAGCAGCUGCUCUUUUUCCAGGAUGUGAGUGACCGUAUAGAGAAGGAACCAGCAGACAGUCCAAUUGUGGUCAAACUGGAGACUGCAGGAAGAGCAGUGGUCCGAACCAACUGGAGGAUGCACAUCUCUGUGCCUCUGCAGACAGACUUGAGGCGGUUCAGGACAUAUAAAGGAAACUCAGUCAGAGACCUGCUGAGAGCCAUGAGAAAUAAGAAGCAUCACUACCACGAGUUGCCACCGGAAGUGCAGCAGACUCUCGGCGAGCUGCCCGAAGGGUUUGUCAGCUACUUCACCUCACGCUUUCCACGGUUACUGAUGCACACUCAUGCUGCUCUGCACAUCUGUGCCCACGAGAGACUGUUUCACCCCUAUUAUCUGUCCCCCAACGCCAAAUAGCAGUCACAUGACUCUGCACACAAACACACACACAUACUGUACACACACAAGUCCUCUUUGUGUUAGCAGAGGAAAUCCCUGACAGUGCCUUGUUACUGCUUUUGUAAAGCCCAAACUGGUUUUUAGGGGAAGAUACAGUGCUGUGGAAAAGUUUGUGUAUCUCUUGAGUUGUUUUAUAUAUUUAUUUAAUUUUGUUUUUUUACAAAUUUAUCAUCAAAAAUUAUUUUACAUUUAAACCAGAAAGCACAAGUGCAUACCUCUGUACAAAGGCUGCAUACAUUUAAAGGGCAAAUCCACGUUUGUUCCUCCAAGUUUUUCCAAAUGGAAACACCCACUUAGCCGUGAGCAAAAAGCAGUGACGUGGGUUAGAGUGCUGAUGACCCUCCACCCCACACACACACACACACAGCUCACUGACAGCGUCUUCCUAACAUACUCGCUCACUGUAAGUUAGAUCACAAAAAAAUUGUCCAGAUAUACUACAGGCGAUGUGUGUGAGAUGUUUAUUAAUACACCGGACGGAGCGGAGGGACAGACAGCUGCUGAGUGCCGGGAGCUCUGGAGGAGAGAGCUGGGAGUAGAGCCAGAGCUUCAGGACAAAUAACAACCGCAAGUCACACCGGAUUCUGCUCUGAUCUGGAGCCAUUUACUGGCAGGAGAAGAGCUCUGAGUUUAUUUUUUAAACUUUGAGCAGCAGUAACAGUGCGUGCUCCGUCUGUGUGUGUGUUAACACGUUUAGCAGAGCAGCAGUAACAGGGAUCACUCAGUCUGUCUCUGUAGCUACUGGCUAGGUGGGUUAGGAGGUUUAUAUCAGUUUAUAUGUAGCAGCGUCAUCAUGCAGAAACCUACGUCGGGUCACAUGGAAAAAAGUUUUUAGAAGAGCUUAAGAAAAUAACAUUUUGACACUAAAACAUACGUACUUCGACUAAAAUUUGAAUUUUCUGAUUUGAAUACAUAUUGAACAAUAAUGUGAAGCUACAGAAUGAUAUAAAAACCUCAAAAACUCAAAAAAUAAUGUAUCCACCCUUUAAAAUAAAUUUGGGUCCUUAAUUUGGGUCCUCAUCAGAAUAAUCAUAUAUCACAUAAUGAAUGACAAUCAUGAGAUUCAAGUGUCAGAUUAUUUUCAGCAUGUGUCCUCCACCACAUUUAUUUUUACACAUCAUGACAACCCAUGAGCUCUUUGACAGAUUUUACUUUUUAAAAGAGAUUUCACUUUUACCAAAAGUUAGUCUAAAGAAAUCUGAAAUUUAAAUGUUUUUUGUUACUAUUAAAAUAAUAACAAAUUGUCCUUUAAUUUUAUGGAUUUAUAAAUUUCAAUUAAAUGAAAAAGUGUGUACAAAGGUACUGUACACAUCAUGUGUCAUAACCAGUGCAGCUCAGAUUUCACAUUUAGUGAGUUUACCUUUUUAGCCAAUAAAACCAGAUAACAUGUCUGGUGUUUCAGAAUUCUGAUUUAGAAAAUAGCAACAUAUUGGAAGGUGACAUACUGGAGUGUCAAAGCUCAUCAAACUGCAUGUGAGGUGCACAAACUUUGUCACAGCACUGUAACCAACACAGACACUGGACAACAGGUUUCCUAAAUAACGUGUCUUGCUCUUACAGGUACAGUGUUACAAGGCUGCAUUGUCAUAGAAGAAAUCUUUGUUAUCCAUUUUAACAGUUUACUUUCCCCUUUGUUGCUGCUGUGUUUCUCACAGUUCUUCUGUAUGAAGUGCAAAAGACAAUAUUUUCUUUGCUGUUUUUAUAUAUUUGAUGUGUGUGUAUGUGUUUACGUUACUGCUUUACUGAAAGUAGCUACACUGACUGAAAUGUAUUUUCCACUGAAAGCAAUAUAUGGAGCAUAAUAGUAAAAUAUUCAUUUACACUGUUCAAAUGUGGGGAAUGUGCACAUGCUGUGAAAAUCCGAUUGAUCACCAGUGUGUUCAGGCAAUAAUGCAAAAAGAUGUAUUGACAUCUUUGUGAUGUUUACCCUUUUUUAACUGAAAUGCAGUAUGUUUCAUAGGUUCACCUCUCCUGAGUGUUAUUGGCAUUGCCUGAACUUUUGAACCUCAUAAAAUACCACAAAAUGCUCCAUGAAAUCUCCUCCUGUAACCACUGGAUGACGGUUUGUUCAUAGUUCUGCAGUAGAGUGAAUGAUGAAGAACCAAACUUUUGUACUUUUUUUGAAUGAGUGAAUUAAAUUGAUACUUUGAGUGUGCCAAAGAACGAAAUAAAUCGAGUCCUGUCUUCAGUUUUUACACCCAAGAUGGAGAAGAGUAAACAGUACUAUCAAUUCUUACUUGUUUUGUUCUCAUCUGUGGUUCUCUGCUCUCAGUUUUUCCCCAAUGCAA